AUGCCCACCGUUAACGUCGACAAGGAGGAACUCUACUCCGCACUCGGAAGAGACUACACCUUCGAUGAGUUCAUGGACCUCUGUUUCAACUUUGGCAUCGAACUCGAGGAGGAUAUGGCUAUCAAGGAGGUCGGAGCCCACAAGGUCGAUGAUAGCGUGUCAGACAGGCCUAUCUUGAAGAUCGACAUUCCUGCCAAUCGUUAUGAUCUUCUUUGCCAUGAGGGCAUCUCUCGAUCCCUUUUGGUCUUCCAGGGCAUGGCCAAGCCUCCAGUCUACAAGAUUGUCCCUCCCCCUAACGGCCAGCCUCUUCAGAAGAUGAUUGUCAAGCCCGAGACCGCAGCCAUCAGACCCUUCGUUGUUUGCGCUGUUCUCAGGAAUGUUAAGUUCACGGAGCUCAACUACAAAAACUUCAUUGAUCUGCAGGACAAGCUGCACAUGAACAUUUGCAGGAAGCGCACGCUGGUCGCCAUUGGAACGCAUGAUUUGGACGCAAUCAAGGGGCCUUUUACUUACGAGGCCCUGGCUCCCAGGGAUAUUCAAUUUGUGCCCUUGAACCAGGAGAAGAACAUGAACGCGGAGGAGCUGAUGACCUUCUACGAGUCGGACAAGCAUCUUGGAAAGUUCCUGCCUAUCAUCCGCGAUUCUCCUGUUUACCCCAUCAUCUACGACUCCAAUCGUCAAGUUCUUUCGCUGCCCCCCAUCAUCAACAGCAACCACUCCAAGAUCACACUGGACACCAAGAACGUCUUCAUUGAGUGCACAGCUACGGAUUUGACAAAGGGCAAGAUUGUUCUCAAUACCAUGGUGGCCAUGUUCUCAGAGUACUGCGCCGAGCCCUUCACUGUCGAGCAGGUCGAGGUCGUGUACGAGGAUAACCGUCAGCCCGCAGGAGUGACUCCUGAUCUUUCUUCGCGCACUGCAACGGCCAAGGUUGACUACAUCAACAGCUGCACAGGACUGAAGCUGAGCCCUGAUGAGAUCUGCGGCCUGUUGAAUAAGAUGUCGCUGGAGGCUGAGCCUAGCAAGGGGGACAAGAACGAGGUUACUGUUCAGGUGCCUGUGACUCGUUCGGACGUUCUUCACCAGUGCGAUAUCAUGGAGGACGUUGCUAUUGCGUACGGCUUCAACAACUUGCCCCAUACCGCACCCUCGGUCAGCACGAUUGGAAAGCCUUACCCUCUCAACAAGCUCGCGGAUGUUGCCCGUUUGGAGUUGGCUCUUGCCGGAUGGAGCGAGGUCAGCCCAUUGACCUUGUGCUCACACGAUGAGAACUUUACGUUCUUGCGUCAGAAGGAUCCUGGUAACAUUGCUGUCCGCCUCGCGCAUCCAAAGACCAUCGAAUACCAGGUGGUGCGUACUUCGCUCCUCCCCGGUGUGCUGAAGACCCUGAAGGAGAACAAGAAGCAUUCGUUGCCCAUCAAGGUCUUCGAGGUCGGCGAUACGGCCGUGAAGGAUGAUUCCAUGGAGCGUCGUUCCCGCAAUAUCCGCAAGGUGUGCGCGACGUACUCCAACAAGACGAGUGGACUGGAGCAGAUUCAUGGGUUGCUCGAUCGUACCCUUCAGAUGCUGCAUGCACAGCCUGUCGAUAAGAACGGCACCGCUUCGGGAUACUGGAUCCAGGACUCUGAAAAUCCGACGUAUUUCCCAUCACGAUGCGCAGACAUCUACCUUCGUCAGAAGGGCGAGACCAAGGUCAUCGGAUCGUUCGGUAUCCUCCACCCCGAAGUGCUUGAGAAGUUUGGAAUCAACUUCCCAACCUCUGCUCUCGAGUUCGAUCUUGAGCCCUUCCUGUAA